ACCAAACAUAUGAGCAAAGAAGAAGCACUUCCUGUUGUCUUCCGGUGCGAAGCUUCACGUGGAUAUAAGAGCAGCACGAGCGCAGCACUGCUGAACGACAGUAAUAAAGUCUAAAAAAAUGACGCAGUUAGACGGAAUAGUAAAACCGAAAACAAAGCGGUCAAAGCGUUUCUUGGAGAGCAGAGCGCCCAAACUAAUUGAGGAUGUGAAGAACACCAUGAUCAUGAAAGGAGGAAACACCAGUCAGAUCGUCACUACAGCCCUCAAAGACAUAUAUUCCUUGAAGAAACCAAAUGCUGUGCUGUAUAAAAAAAAGAACAUUACUCGGCCUUUUGAGGACUCCACAUCCUUGGAGUUUUUCUCCAAGAAAUCAGACUGCUCUCUGUUUCUGUUCGGCUCCCACAACAAGAAACGACCCAACAACUUCAUAUUUGGUCGAAUGUUUGAUUUCCAUGUCCUGGACAUGUUUGAACUCGGAAUUGAGAAGUUUAUCUCUCUGAGUCAGAUCAAGACCAGCAAGUUUCCUGAAGGAACCAAACCCAUGCUCAUAUUUGCUGGAGAAAUUUUUGAUACAGACAACGAUUACAAACGACUAAAGAGUCUGCUCAUAGACUUCUUCAGAGGCCCCACGGUGCCUGCAGUGCGUCUGGCAGGUUUGGAGCAUGUUCUGCACUUCACCACCCUGGAAGGAAAAAUUUAUAUGCGCAGUUACAGGUGUCUGUUGAAGAAGUCUGGGUGUCGCACGCCCAGGAUUGAGCUGGAAGAGAUCGGCCCAUCGUUCGACUUUGUCAUGAGAAGAACACAUCUGGCGUCAGACGACCUGUACAAGCUGGCUCACAGGCAGCCCAAAGCCCUGAAGCCAAAGAAGAAGAAGAACAUUUCCCAUGAUGUUUUUGGAACCUCGUUUGGCCGGGUGCACAUGCAGAAACAGGAUCUGUCCAAGCUGAGAACGAGAAAGAUGAAGGGCCUGAGGAAGAGGAAAGGGGAGGUGGUUGAUGAAGAUCAGGAACCUAAAGUGGCCAAAGUGGAGAGCUGAAGCCAUGGAGGUGGAUUCAUGGACAUCAGCUCAUGUGUUGCCUUCAGGGCCUCCUGGCAUGUGAGCAGCCUCCAGUCCACUGCAGACCCAUAUGUGGGUCCUUUUUCAUGUGACUUUCAGGAAGUCAGAGAACGUUCCAACAUCUCCUAGUUAUCACGUUGUAGAAACAUUUCAGUCAGUUUUUUUUGUCUACAUCAUUUAAAAGGAAAAUAAAUAAAUAAAUAAAAAAAUCUCAA